AUGGAGUCCUCGGCACCGACGGAUCAGAGCACACGCGAGCAGAACGAGCAUGAAAACGCUCCGGCUGCAUCAGAUGUGACUAUGGAGCGGGAGGCGGAGUAUCUUUCAAUGAGCCAACAGCAGGAAGACAGAAAGCGGAGGCCCCAAGUAAUGGGUGCCCCAGAGAACGAGGAGCAGGAGGGUGAGGGAGAGGAGGCCGCAUCGUGCGAAGAUCCAAGUGGGCGCGACAGUGAUAGCGCCAGUAGUGAGGAGGAACAGGAGGAGGAGGCGGCCCCGUUUGCCACGGACGAGGAGGCCAACGAGGCCCGCGCUGUCGGCCUCUCUCACUACAACAGGCAGCGCUACGAGGAUGCGCUUGACAUUCAGUACCGUGUAGUGCGGCACUUUGAGAAAAAGUAUGGCGCAACGGCCCCCAUUUGUGGGGUCUACUUUCUUGAUUACGGUCUCUCGCAACUGCGUGUCUUGCAGUCAAAGAGCACCGUGGAGGCAGCGCUGCAGCCGCUCGAUCAAGACGCACUUGAGGCGUGUUUUAUCAACCUUGAUGUUGCCCGCGUAUGCUUUCAGAAGCAGGAGGAGCAACGGGGAGAAGGUGAUAUAGAGGUGCAACUUCGCCUGGCGGAGGUGCACGACAGCAUUGCCCAGUUGCAUGUGGAACGCGAGGACUUUGACAGUGCUCUGAAGGAGUACGAGAGUGAGUUGUUGACGUACCGCUUUAUUCAGCAGGAGGCGCCACAGUCCCUGCCAUACCGUAGUCUCGCCGCCGUGCUCUACGGCAUUGCGGACUGCUACAUGAAGGAGGGCGACUUUGAGGGGGCAGAGGAGCGUUUCACGGCGGCGUUGGAGGAGUUGGCAACAUUUCCUGCCGGCGCGGUUCCCGCGGAGCUUGUGAAGGAGCUGGAGGAGCUGCGCGAGGAUGCGCGGGAGAUGAAGGGCGGCAAGUACAAGGAGCUGCAGGAGUGCAUUCAGGCCCAAUUUGCGGUGAAGGAGGCGGAGGCGUUGCCCACAGCGCAGGAGUUCUACGGCGAAGACGCGGAGGACGAGGAGAGCCGCAAGAAUCACCCGUAUGUCUCACGGCUGCCGGCAGAGUCGGAGUACUCGGCCCUCUCGAUGCCGCAGUCCCUGACAAACCCAGUGCAGUGGAAUGAGCACAGCAACAGCAUGUCACUUUCGCUCUUUCCCCCGCAAGUCAACGGCCGUGGCUCGGAGGCGUCGAACAGUCAGCCGCUGCAUCAUGUCGUGGCGCGGCGGAAGCCGAAGCGACCAUUGAGCCAACAACCGUCGUCCCAUCAGCAACAGGGAGAACGCGGUGGCGUCAGUGGCACCGGUGAGCCAGAGGCCAAGCGCGUAAAAACGGAGUCCUGCAUACCUUAG